AUGUCUGCUUCACAAUCACACAAGAGUAAGAGCAAGGCAACCAAUGUCUCUAGCAAUGAUUUAGCCAAGUGUGAUGAUAGAACAUUGAUAAAGAGUGGUAUGGUCCCUAGUUUAGCUGCUGGUAUAGUUCAAGAGGCAGAGGACGUGCAGGUGGAUGAUGAACUAAAAGCUAAAAGGUCCAGAGGUUAUAUUUGUUUGACAGCUCAUUUUGUGGAUGAAAGGUGGAAAUUAUAUAGUAAAAUACUUUCAUUUUGUAAAAUGAAACCUCCACAUUCUAGGAUAGAGCUAGCUAGAAAAGUGCAUGAAUGUUUGACUGAUUGGGGGAUUGAGAAUAGAAUAUUCUCCAUUACUUUAGACAAUGCAUCUGCAAAUGAUAAUAUGCAGGACAUAUUGAAAGAGAGGUUGAGUUUGCAAGAUGAUUUCAAAUUAGUGAGUAAUGGAGAAUUUUUCCAUGUGAGGUGUUGUGCUCACAUCCUAAACUUGAUAGUUCAGGAGGGUUUGAAAGUUACAAGUUCUGCUUUGCAUAAGAUUAGAGAAAGUAUUAAAUUUGUGAAAGCAUCAGAGGCAAGGUCAAUUCUUUUUAAACAAUGUGUUGAGCAAGUUGGUAGCAUUGACACCUCAAUGGGCUUGCGACUAGAUGUGCCCACUAGAUGGAAUUCCACCUACACAAUGCUUGAAAGUGGAAUUGAAUAUCGCCGUGCUUUUACACACAUAGCUAUCAAUGAUACAAAUUACAAAUUUAGUCUCACAAAUGAUGAGUGGGCUAGAGCAGAUGCAAUGUGCAGCUUCUUGAGGCCAUUUGAGAAGAUUAUAAGGUUAAUUUCUGGGUCAUCAUAUCCUAUAUCAAACUCUUGUUUUAUGCAAAUUUCCAAAAUUGAGAUGUUGCUUGAUGCAAAUAUGAAAAGCCCUGAUCUUGUGAUUCAAGAGAUGGCUAGGAAAAUGAAACAAAAGUUUGACAAGUAUUGGAAUAAGUACAGUGUCAUUCUUGCACUUGCAGUAGUUUUUAAUCCAAGAGGGAAGUUUUAUAUAAUACAAUAUUGCUAUACAAAGAUUGACCCUUUCACUUGCCAUGAGAAGGUUGCUAAUAUUAAGAGCAAGUUAAUAUUCAUGUUUAAUGAAUAUUCAAGUAUGGGGACAUUUACCAAUCUUGGAGUUGAUGGGGCUGCAAGUGGAUCAAGUUAUAAAGCUUUAACGGUCACUACUCAUCAUUCUGCCUUGGCUUCAAGUGUUUCAACAUGA